AAAAAAAAAACAGGUGUCGAAAGCAAAGCCAAGAAGAUUGCCGAGAGGCUGAGGCCGCAAAAACCUCACGAACCCUUCUCCUUUGUCUUCUUUCUCUGUUCGAUUCAAUUCCAGGUAACAUAAAGUUAAAACCCAGAGGGAAAAUUUUCUGAAAUUCUCUCUCCGAAGUUGCAGAAAUGGAGGAGAUUCUAUGCGACGAGCUUCUUCAGGAGAUAUUUACGAGACUGCCGCCGUCUUCCGGAUCGGUUCCUAUGGUCUCCAAGCGGUGGCUCCGUCUCUACAGAGCCUCGAAGACGUCUCUCUCCCUACGAAUUGACCCUCGGAAUGGCUCUGUAACUACCCUUUUGCCCUCUCUUCUCCGGCACCAUCCUUUCGUCUCUGCUCUGUCUCUCGUCUUGUCUCCGCUUGACCGCCAAAAUCAGAGCUCGACCGCCAUGGCGGCGUUCUCUGAACAGACCCUGUCGAUGGUCUCCUCUUGUUGCUCUAAUCUCAGGCGCCUCAGGUUCUUGAUCGGUCCGGUUUCUCUGACUUGUCUGCCUUCUCUCUCUGCUUCUUCUUCAGUUCUGACUUCUCUCUCGCUCUGCUUGUCGAGACCUGUGUCGUUCACUUGGGUUGCUUGGUUUCCAUGUCUGAAGGAGUUAUCUAUUUAUGUUUGCUGGAGAGACUGUUCCGAUGACAAAAUCGGUUGGAAUUCGCCAUCUGGGUCGUGCCCGAACGUUGACCCGGCUUUGGAACUGGGGCUUGAGUCAGUUUCUUUAUCGGGAAUUGGGUCGAACGAUUCUGGCGUUAACUGGCUAUGGAAAAGCUGUAGAAAGAUGAAGAGAUUGAGAUUGAAGUGCUGUGAAAGCGUUGGAGACAUUGCGUGUUUCGGUUUGUGUCUGAAGAAUGUCGAAGAGAUGGAGCUAAGAACAUGUAGAAGUAUAGUGGAUGUGGUUCUGCUGAAAUUGUCAGAGAAUUGCGAUUCUCUGAACUCUCUAUUGGUGUAUGACGGCGGAAGUAGAGAAGGGUUGGUUCAAUUCAUGAACAACUGUAGAUGCAAUAUACAGAAACUCGAUUUACGUUUGCCUCUAGACCUUAACGACGAUCAUCUCACGGCCAUAGCCACAAAUUUCAGAGCUUUAUCUUACCUUAAGCUCCAAAGCUGUUGCCUUGUCACUGGUGAAGGUCUGAAGACACUAGCUUCGAGUUUAAGUUCGAGUCUUGAAGAACUGUCUCUGGUUAACUGUGACGCAGUCGAACGAGAAUCGGGAUUGCUGACAACAUUAGGACAGCAUUUGGUGAAACUAAAGAAGCUAGAGCUUACGUACAACGAAUCCUUACCCGACAAGGAGUUCGUCUCGAUGGUGGGUUCUUGCCGAUUAUUGGCAGAGUUGAAGCUGAGAGGGUGCAAGGCCUUGACGGGUGCGGCAUUGGUCUGUUUGAUCAAGAGUUGUGAGAAUCUAAGAAGCAUCGAUAUCACGGACUGCCGUGGGAUCGGGGCGGAAUCUGUUCAGACGUUCCUCGUGAACUGUCCGAGGUUGAGGAGACUUGCCGUCGAAGAGAGUAAGCUUACGGAUGAUGCCAAGACAUGGGCAUCUGCCAAGUUCAUCCAAGUGGUUUCUUGAUCAAUUUAACCAGAUCCACAAUAUGUAUUUAUAGGUAAAUAAAAUACACAGCAACACAUAUAUGAUGAUGACGCUGAUCUUCGAUCUCUGCUGCGUCUGUGAACUUUGUAUCUCUACUUAUGUUGAUGCUAAAUGCGUAGGCGAACUUUGCUCAAAACCGGUUCGUAAACAUGGACUAUAUAUGUAAAUAGCAUUAAUAAAGAUGAUCAUGUUGAAUGAUGCA